CCCUUUCCAUCCUCAAAAACAACGCACGAAAUUCGUGUUUGUGUAAAUUCAAAGCAAGCCCCCUUGAUAGUUCGUAAUUAUAUCGCACAUCCCCCCUUCUCUCGUGUGUCAAUGCAUAUUCCUCGCAUAUAUCUCGGAAUUUAGACUCCGAUUCAUGUAAAACAAACAGAGCACAUUCGAAUUCGAAUCUGAUUUGUCCGUGCAUAUCCUUUGGCUCCGAAAUCAAACUAUUAUCUCUCGAAGGAAAUUGAGCUGGUUGAACUUGGGCGUCGUCUGCUGCAGAUCAAACCGAGUUUUCGGUCCAACGCUCGGUUUGGACUCGAUUUAGGAUUGUUUCAAAUUUCCCGGAACAAGAUCUGAUGGAAUUUCAUAGUGCAGCUUUCAUUUGUUUAUGGAUUUAGCGUGCGGAUUUUCUUAAAUCACUGAAUUAGUUGCUUGCAAAGUGGAGUGGGAAAAAUGAAUUCAUCUGCUUUCCUGGUGUAUUAAGAUUGCAUGAUCCUAUUGUUCAUACCCAGCCAGUGGUUGCAAUCACAUGAAGAACGGGAUGAUAGAAUGCAGUGUAUGCCAUUCAAAAUUGGUUUCUCCUAGUGCCAGAACUAUAUCACGGGCUUAUGACAAGCACAAAAGUAGGAUAUCAUCCAAGCAGCGUGCCCUUAAUGUCCUCCUGGUUGUUGGUGACUGCAUCUUAGUUGGCUUACAGCCUAUUCUUGUUUAUAUGUCCAAGGUGGAUGGGAAAUUCAAUUUUAGCCCAAUCAGUGUUAAUUUUUUGACAGAGCUCACGAAGGUUCUGUUUGCUAUUGUUAUGCUUUUAUUCCAGUCCAGGCAUAAAAAAGUUGGGGAGAAGCCUCUUCUCUCAAUUUCUACGUUUGUGCAGGCAGCUCGUAACAAUGUUCUUCUUGCUGUUCCCGCCCUUCUUUAUGCUAUAAACAACUACCUGAAGUUUAUUAUGCAGCUUUAUUUUAACCCUGCUACUGUGAAGAUGCUAAGCAAUUUGAAGGUUCUAGUGAUAGCAAUUUUGUUAAAGAUGAUUAUGAGACGUCGCUUUUCCGUUAUUCAGUGGGAGGCUCUUGCUCUGUUGCUUAUUGGUAUAAGUGUUAAUCAGCUGAAAUCUUUACCUGAAGGAACUACAGCUUUGGGUCUUCCCAUCACUAUGGGUGCAUAUGUUUAUACAUGUAUAUUUGUAACUGUUCCAUCAUUGGCCUCUGUUUAUAAUGAAUAUGCGUUGAAGAGCCAAUAUGAUACUAGCAUUUACCUCCAGAACUUGUUCUUAUAUGGGUAUGGAGCUAUAUUCAACUUCCUCGGAAUAGUUGGCACUGCCAUUGUCAAGGGUCCAAGUAGCUUUGAUAUUCUGCAAGGUCAUUCAAAAGCCACCAUGCUUUUGAUAGCCAACAAUGCUGCCCAGGGGAUUCUAUCAUCAUUUUUCUUUAAAUAUGCAGAUACAAUUUUGAAGAAGUACUCCUCAACAGUUGCAACAAUCUUCACUGGCAUAGCUUCUGCUGCAUUAUUCGGACAUACUUUAACAAUGAACUUUAUUUUAGGGAUUUCUAUUGUCUUCAUCUCAAUGCACCAGUUCUUUUCACCUCUAUCAAAAGUCCGAGAUGAUCAACAAAAUGGUUUGAUGGAACUGCGUGAUGUUCAUGACGCACACAGGACUAAGGAAUCCUUUGUCAACAUGGCUGCUGGAGCAAAUGAAGAGGCUAGUCAUCGUGUCGGGCAUGACGAGAGACAGCCACUUCUUCCCACCUAAGACUGACCCACAAAUCUUACUGAGGAAAUUUUUUUGGUGAUAUUUAUCGGCGGUAGCAAUGGUGCAAACAUUUUUACGUCAAAAUAAAGCAAAAGUAUUACUAGAGAACUGCAUGAAUCUUCAGAAGCUGAUGAGCAGUUCAGGACUUCUGAUACGGACAUAGGAAACGGCUUCGUACUUUUUGGCGCAUAUGCUCUAUUCUUUUUGUCUAAGACCUUUCAUUUUAUUUUUUUUCUUAUUUUACUUUUUUUUUUCUUUUAAUGUUCACUUUAGCCUCUUUAAUGUGUUAUUCUUUUAAACCAUUUACGAAUUAAUAAUGAUUUUGGUCUUUCUUUUUAUAUGAGACAACGGUUGAAGACAAGACGUGACUACAGCCUUUUGUUGUAUGUAGGAAACAUUUUACAGAUAUCUUUAUAGUACUGUCUGCUACCUUCUAAGCUUAA